AUGGGCUGUGUGAUAGCUGCUACCAGUGAGCCUACAUUUGGGGAGCUGGAAACCGAGCGGGCUGCUUUUUCAUCGCUUGGCUUUGUCUAUUCAAAUAUCUUCACUAAUAUUUUUGAGAACUUCAUACCAGUGGGAAAUAAUAUAGUAGCCUUGCUUCCCAAGUACCUCAACGUCAAGCGUGCCGUUUUCAUAUGCGCAGGCAAGCAAGCUUUAGUCGAAAUCUCAACUAGGCUCUAG